AUGAAACCUAAGCCAAACACACCAUUGAUGGGAGACUUACCUUCCCCAAGAGUGGUAGCAACCCGACCUUUUAAUGUUACUGGAGUCGACUAUGCCGGACCAUUUACAGUGAAAUUGUAUGUCCUAAAAAGGCUUCAGCCUAUUAAAGUUUAUCUUUGUCUAUUUGUCUGCUUUGCAACGAAAGCCGUACACUUAGAAGUUGUGUCGGAUUUGUCCUCAAAAGCUUAUAUAGCAGCUCUUACACGUUUUAUUUCCAGACGUGGUUCAGUGAAGGAAAUUCAUAGUGAUUGUGGAACCAACUUUGUCGGAGCAGCUGCUGCACUUCACAAAUGUUUUAACAACCUCCUUUGCAAUCCAGUAACUCACCGUUUUGCUGAAGAAAACAACAUUUCUUUCAAAUUUCUGCCUCCACACGCGCCUCAUCAAGGUGGCUUGUGGGAACGAGCUGUUAGGAGUUUUAAGCAUCACCUUCAUAGAGUAAUCGGUGGCCAAAUCCUGACUUAUGAAGAAUUCAUAACUCUCGUGUCACGUGUCGAAGCAAUAUUAAAUUCAAGACCGCUUACCCCUCUCUCUGGAGAUCCGAAUGACUUAGAGUCUCUAACCCCAGGACACUUUUUAACUGGUGGACCUCUGAAAUCCAUGGUUGAACCUCAAUAUGAUGAAACUUCUUGUAACCGCUUGAGGAGAUGGCAAUUAGUUCAGGCAUUCUCUCAACACAUCUGGACUCGAUGGUCCCAAGAGUAUCUGCAUACUCUACAGCAUCACUCUAAGUGGACGAGUAAAACAGAGAACCUCAAGAUUGGUGACCUUGUUGUUAUUCAUGAGCCUAACACUCCUCCCCUACAAUGGAAACUUGCAAGAAUCACCGCAGUAUCUCCAGGAGCAGACGGAAUUGUACGAGUGGUCCAUCUACGCACCGCUACAGGGAACUUCAGUCGGCCAACCGUCAAAGUUUCCCUUCUUCCUACCAAUUAA